AUGACCGGUCACGACACAUCUAUCUACUGCAUGGCUAUCACUGGAGACAACGUCCUCUACACCGGAUCAGCAGACAAGACUGUACGCAGAUGGGACGUGUGUAGCAGGCAAGCUGUAUCGGUGUAUAAGCACAAGGACUGGGUAUCGGCUGUAUGCGUGGUGGGGUCCUUAUUGGUCACUGGCACAAACUCGGGCAAGAUAUGGGUGUGGGACGCGGAUGAUGUCAAGGAGAACCCCGUGACGCUUAUAGGCCAUUUCGACCAAGUGACGUCCCUGUUUCAGCCCAUGGGUGAGGGCGAGGAGCACCGCCGGCUGAUAAGCGCCUCACUCGACGGUACGGUUAGACAGUGGAGCAUCCCCACACCCGGUGUUCAGACUCUCGAUGAAGAAGGUGAAGUAAUGUAGAUGGAUACGAAUAUUAAGUUAUAAAUUAGUAUAGUCAGAUUGUAAGGCAAUAUAGUCAAGAUAGUGAAGUAAUGUAGAUGGAUACGAAUAUUAAGUUAUAAAUUAGUAUUGUCAGAUUGUAAGGCAUGAUAGUCAAGAUAGUGGGUACGUCGAAGAGUCGGGGGGGACGUGUGUAGUGCCUGACCAAUUGGAGAUAGCAGACACAGGAGGAAUAUGACGAUUCGGAAUUUGUAUUAUAAGUUAGUAUUGUCAGGUGCUGUGUACGAUGGGAUAUAGAGAGAGCACUUGUCGAAUGAACCUUGUGGUAUGCGAUGAGAGUUCAUACAGAGUGUCUCAAUACAUGCUCUGAUGUCAUCCUUGUACUUACAUAGUACAAAGUCAACGAGGUAGUAGCUACGACGAGAUGUAGGGAGCACUUGUCGAGCAGAAUGCCAGGCGGGUACUUACAUAUGGCUGUGAUAAACACGCAUACCCUGACUUUAUAAAUAUAGGGCUUUUACCCGUAGGGUAUGCAGCAUUUCCCUGUAUUCUAUUCACCGAUAUAUUUAUAUAUAUAUA